AUGUCCAAACCUGCGCGAGCACGUUUGAAUUGCAUUGAACAAGCAUGGGCGUACAUUGACCGCAUUCUUGAUGAACAGGAUGGUCUUAAAGUUCUCCUUUGCGAUGAUGCGACACGUAAUAUCUUAUCAGUGGUAUACUCACAACAUCAACUUCUUCAACACAACGUGGUACUUGUGGAUAUGUUAAGUAACAGAGAUUAUUAUCCAAUGAAACACUUUCGGUGUAUUAUAUUUUGUCGAGCCACACCAACUUCUUUAGCUUCUGUGUAUCAAGUAUUAGCAGAAGGAAAUUUUGCCUCCUACUCACUUCAUUUUUCACACUUAUUGGAGUCAAAUAUUGUGCAAUCACUUGCAAAUGCGGAUAUCUUAAAUCUUGUGAGUUCUAUUAAUGAAGUUUACUUGGACUCUAUGCCCUUAACAGAGUAUGUUACUAUUACACAAUUAAAACCUGCAUCUUUGCGUUCGGUUGUUAGUCCAGUUGUAAAUCCCAUUACAUACACACAAUGGGAUACUGCCUCUUUUGAACGCAUGACAGAGAGCAUUGUAAGUUUAAUGCUUAUGACAAACCGCCGUCCCGCUAUUCGUUAUCGUGGGCAAAACAAAGUUACAGAAAAAUUGGCAAAACUUCUGGCUGAAAAAAUGAAGACAGUUCAUCAAUCUUUUCCUGAUCUUAAAGCGAAGGAUUCUGUUUUGGUUAUUUUGGAUAGAAUGGACGAUCCCGUUACGGCCUUAGUAACUCCAUGGACAUAUGAAGCCAUGAUACAUGAAAUCAUUGGAUUUCAACGUGGUAAUGAAGUCACCGUAGAUGACCCUGACGCCAAACCAGAUGAAUGUGUACAUGUCCUCACUGCACAUACGGAUCCUUUUUAUGCGCAACAUCGUUAUAAUGAUUAUGGUCAAGUAUGUAUUGCCGUAAGUGAGUUGGUAAAGGCGUAUAAAGCACUUAAUAAUUUUGAUAGGAAUAACGUUUCCCUUGAUGAAAUCAAAAAUUUUAUGAAUCGAUUUCCAGAAGCACGAAAACAAUCUAUGCAGGUGACACGACACUGUGCUAUUGCAAGUCAAUUGGUAACUGAAGUAAAUGGACGUAAUUUGACUCGUUUAUCCGUUUUAGAACAGGAAAUGUUGGCUUCUAAUAAUGUAGCGGAACAUUCUAGACAAAUGAUGGAAAUUGUACAAGAUCCAAAGACAGAUAUUGAAGAUGCCCUACGCAUGGUAAUGCUCUAUGCACUUCGAUAUGAGAAAACAAGUGGAAAUAUUAUUCCACAGCUCAGGGAUGUACUGGGAAAACGUAAUUGUCCACCUGAACGAAUAUCUUUAAUUGAUCGUGUAUUGGAGUAUGGAGGAGCGGAUAAGCGAAUGCAUGAAUUGUUUCGUUCCUCCACAGGACAUAUGUUAAAAGUUGUUGCCAAAGCUGUUGGACAGUUUGGAAAAGAUGUUCAAAACGUUUUAACUCAACACGUUCCUCUUAUGAGGAAACUUAUUAAUCGAGUAUAUAAUGGUACUCUCUCAGAACAAAACUAUCCUGUUCAGGAAGUGUCCAAUUCUCCUAUUCCAACCUCUACAGUACCCACAAUUCGUGCGAAAGAUAUUAUCGUUGUGAUGGUCGGAGGUGUAACGUAUUCUGAAGCUAUGCUUUUAUAUCAAAUUAAUCAAGGUCAGGUUCAAAAUAAUGUGGAAUCAUUAAUGAAUUUAGGAAAAAAUAUGACACGAUUAGUUGGAGGUGGUGAUGUCUCUGGAAGUGGUGUUUCGGAUGAGCCAUAUACAGAGAAAAUUGAAGCACGUGUUACACUGCUCUCUACCAGUAUGAUUGAUUCAAAGGAUUUUAUUCAUUCACUACCGUCAUGA